CCUGCAAAAAUUAUCGUCAUUGAAAACACGUGACUACGAACGAAGACGCUGUUUGUUUUACCUAGUUAGCUAAUCUUUCUUCGAUACUCAUCGCAAGUCUGGGCAGUAAUGCCCUAAGUAGGACACCAGCUGACCUACAGGUACUUCCUCAAGUCAACCUACUUUUUGAGCAAUGCAAAAUUUCGACGUCGGCGAAUUUACGACGCUGUUGACAAGUGCAUUUGUGGGGAGAAAAUUAAUUUACAAGGAUGUCACAGAUACCACAAUGGACGAUGCCAAAUUUGGAGGGAUUCAAGGUGCACCCCCAGGAACCAUAUACCUGUCAGAAAUACAAAACAAAGCCCGUGGAACAAAGGACAACAAGUGGCAUGCUCUGAACAGAGGGAACCUAUAUCUGUCCAUUGUCAUUCACAGGCCUCCGCCAGUUACUGAAAAUUCAUUUACGGAGAGAUUUGAGUUACAGGUGACAGGAGCCAUGUCUUUAUUGUGUACUCUACAUGAUAUGUCCAUUACUGGAGCAAGUGUAAAGUGGCCGAAUGAUGUGUGGGUAAGAGGCCAUAAACUGGCUGGUUUCCUGGCAGAACAUGGAGGUAUAUUACCAGAUUCCCAAAAUGAUUCACACCUGUUUGUGCUUGGAAUAGGGAUCAAUGUAAACUCUGACAUGCGACGUCAUCCGGACCUCGUUGGAAUUGCCACCAGCAUUCGCUGUGAAAAUGGAGGGGCCAUGGUCAGUCGAGAGAGGGUCCUGGCAGACGUCUGCAACAAGCUGGAGUACUACCUUAGUCUCAGUCAUGGGGAUCUUUACAUCGAGGCGUGCAAAUUUCAAAUGUUCAAGAAAGGUCAUCCAGUCCGAGUUCAUCGUUUAAUUGAUGGCUUUAUGUUUCCAGCUACAGUCGAAGGAAUGGAGGAAAACUGGAACAUGAUUGUUAAAGAUAAAAAUGGAAAACGGAUACAAUGCAAGUCCGGUGAUCAUUCUAUACGAUCUUUGCCAAACAACUUCAUCUAUGUGUACAGUGGAAGACUCGCGGUUCCCUGGAGGGUUCGUCUUAUUCUGAAUUCUCUCAAGUCUGUGGUGGACACCACCAAAUUUUCUAUGGAUGCACUAAAUGACGAGAAAUUGAAGGAUGGAGCUUGGAGAAGAGAUGCUGUGGUGGUUGUAAUGGGAGAACUGACUUCCGGAAUUGUGGACAGUGUGGGAAACUUUACAACAGUGCAGGAAUUCACCCAGUCUGGGGGUGCAGUGAUACUCAUCAAAACCAAAGCAGAUCAGAUCUUUCCUAACUUAAAUAUAUCAACUCGCACAGUGGAACGAAGCAACAAUUUUUUUCAAGUAUGUUAUUCAGAAGAUAAAAGGUUUACAGUUAUAGCCUCCGGAAGUGAAUUGACCUUCGACCCUGAUGCCAAGUCCGAAGUGAUAGGGUUUUACGACAGACAGGAAAAUGGUCCCCCCUCUGCUGUUCUUGUGCCGGUUGAUGCUGGAAAAUGUGCAAUUUUGGGAUUUGACAUCGAAAUCACUUAUAAUGACAUUGGUUUAGUGCCAGACAUCACUGAGCCAGAAAAAUUAGUUGAUCCUUUAUCCAGAACUGUUUUUACUAGAGAUGAAUAUUUUAAUUAUGUUCUGUCAAAACUGCUCAAUUAUUUUUAAUUUGAGCUGCAUUAUCUUGAAUCGAAUAAGUAGGACAACCAAGAAUGAUGUAAAUGUAUAUGUGUAAUUAACCCGGUGAUCCGACAUACAUUGUAGUGUGAACAAUUCAGGUGAUGAAUGGACAGGUUUGCCAGUUGGUACUGGUUCAAUGAUAUCAACUUACCGUGAUAUCCGUAAAAUGCUGUAUAUAGUUAUAUACGUUAUUACCUACACAAGAUAAUAUACAUUCUUUUAUUUUUAUCUAUACUGCAUAUCUUUUGAUGUGUCUAUUCUCGUAUUUACAUGCAGAUAUGUGAUAAUUUAUCUGAUAGAGAGGGCAAAUAAGAAAUGGUGUUAGUUUAUCGCAGGCAAGUUGAAACAGUCUUAUUUUUGUUGUUGAAUAAAUGUUCAGAAAGAUA